AUGGAAUUAAUUGAGAAUUACCUGGAUGACUACAACAGUAUUAUGGAAACGCUUAAUCACAAGCUCGACGAGUCUAAAUCGCAAUUUGGCAGCGAGCGCAGGACGACGCUCAACUAUGUAAAAUCGGAGCUGGGCGAGUGUGAGGAUAUACUCAGCCAGAUUGGACUCGAGAUGGCUACACCACAGCUCAAGCAGCGUUACGCCGAGAAACAUGGCGCGAACAGCGAGCUACUGCGUGCUAUGAGAGGGGAAGUGGCCGAGCUGAUAAAGACGUCAGAUAGGCAUGAGUUGUUCGGUGGGAACAGCAACUCAGAUAGCCCGUAUGACGUACACGCCGACGCGCACGACGAACGCGGUCAUCUGCUGCAAGGAGUAGACCGCGUAGAGGACGGCAACCGUCGCCUCGAAAACAGCCACCGCAUCGCUCUCGAUACUGAGGAUGUGGGUGCCGAUAUCCUCCGCAAUCUGCGCACGCAGCGUGAGCAAAUAGAGAACACGCACAAUACCCUAGGCGAGGCGGAUACAGGCAUCGACAGGUCGCUCAAAACGCUCAAGAACAUGUGGAGACAUUCUAUCAAGCAGAAGGCGAUGACAUGGGCUAUAAUUGCCGUGUUAGUGCUGCUCAUCGUGAUUGUAUUGUGGAGUAAAUUUAUGUGA